AUGCCCGCUGCGUCCGCGCCCAGGCCGCCGUUUUCGCAGCGACUCGACCAGCCCAACCAACACGCACAGCAGCCUCCCAGAGGCGAGUCUGGCGAUCAGAUCUCUCCACACACUAUGAGUGCCGCUGUCGACCAAGCUCAUAUUCAGCUCAUCCAACAAGUUCAGCAUGAGCUCCGUACGCCCGUCCAUGGCCUGCUUGGCCUCGUCGAGGAUCUUCGCGCAGAACUCCGUGCAGCACCAAUAGAAGACAAAGCAGCGCGCAGAUCGCUGCUUAUCAAGACCGAGAGUCUUUCUGGACUAGGCGAAAGGUUGCAGAAUGUCUUGGACGACUUUCGGGAUUUCGCGGCGGAAACGGUGAAUGCAAGAGAAGCUGAGGAGGACUAUGAGGUCUUCCCUGAAGAGCCGGUCGACUUGGGCGAUUUGUUGGAUACAGUAGCCUCAGAGGCAUGGAAUGCACAAGUGCGGCAGAUUCGAGCGGAGGAUGGUGACGAUGCAAGACUUCCGCCACCACCCGAACUCAUCUUGCAAACAGAUGCAAGUCUGCGUGGGUGGAAGACGGUGGUCUCGACCAAACUCGUCAAGAAGCUCGCACACAAGCUCAUCUCUAACGCCCUCCGUUUCACCUCGGAAGGGUAUGUUGAGGUUUCACUCUCUCCAUCCGUUGCUACGUCACCUUCGUUUGAGCAAGAUGUCUCCUUCCCCUCCUCAGCGUCCUCCUCAACACUCUCAAGAGACCAACACUACGUCGAUUUGGUGGUUGAAGAUUUAGGCGAAGGCAUGACCGAACACUUUCUUUCGCAUCGCCUCUUUGAGCCGUUCGUCAAAGCAGACAACUUCAAAGCCGGCGCCGGUCUCUCUGUGACCCUUUGCUCCACCAUCGUUCGUCGAAUGGGCGGAUCGAUGCACGUGUCGAGCGACAAAGGCCGAGGAACCAUCGUCACGGUCAAGAUCCCAGUACAGAGCCUUCCAGAUCAUUGCAAACCACCAGCACCACCCUCUCAAUCCGACCAGCUAAUCUACCUAUACGGCUUCGAAGGGCCCGGUCUACAACGGUUGGCACAGGUCAUUUCUGCCCAACUUGCCACAUUCGGCAAUCUCUACUGCACUUCGCACAUCCAGGAUGCCGACUUUCUGCUUAUCCCGGAAGAAGCCUGCGGGAAAGUCGAGGGUGGAGUGGAUGCGAUUUUCGCCCAGACCAAGCCAGGAGUCAAGAUUGGCGUGCUGCAAGCGCAUGAAGAUCAAGGGAUAGAGUAUGCUGCGUUCAAGAACGGUAGUAGGAGACCGACUUUCGUCACAAGAAAGCCUUUCGGGCCGAGAUGCUUUGCGAAUCUCUUAAGGCUGGCACAGCAGGAAGGUGACCAAGAUACAAGGACCGCGAGUGAGACGGUGAGGCAAAAGCAUGGACAUCUAGGCUACACAGCACCUGUCAACCCAGACAAGCCGGAUGAAGUGCUGCCUGAGGGAUCAGGUACACCUCUAUCUCAACGAGCUGAGCUGGCAAAGGCAUCCGAGGAUGCUACGGAGAAGGAGAACAACAAAGACCUGCUCCCGCCUCGCAUGUCUCUCGUGGAAGACCAGGAAAAGGAGAACCGUAAAAGUGGCUCUUCUUUGCCAAGUGGCGACAAGCUCGCCGAUCUAGUCCUCUCUCCCGACGCCAUGGACGAGGUGCUGCGUGCGCCCAACCCCAAACCUCGUAUUCAACCGCCUCCCACACCACCCAUCUCCACCGCUGACUCCGAACCUUCCUCCGCCACUGCUCAACCCAAGCCAUCAUCCUCAUCAAGGACCCAACCAUCCCGCUCGUCAUCUCUCCGCCGCUCCAAACCCAAGUUCAGCGUCCUCUGCUGCGAAGACAACCCACUCAACAUGCGUAUCCUCAUGACCAUGCUCCGCCAAUCCAAGAUCGAGUUCCACGAAGCAGUCGAUGGCGUAGAAGCAGUCGAACAAUUCAAAAAGCAUUUACCUGCUGUGACGCUGCUAGAUAUCAAUAUGCCCAGAAUGAUGGGUUUCGAAGCUUGCGAACUGAUGCGGAAGCAUGUGAAGGAGGAGUUUGGAGAGAAUGAGGGAGAAGGUGGGAAGGGAAAGUACAAGAUUGUAGCGGUGACAGCGUUGAGUGACAAGUAUCAUCAACAGAAAGGAUUGGAGUGCGGAAUGGAAGCGUGGUUCACAAAGCCGUUGCAGAUGCGACAGCUUAAGGCUGAUUUGGCGGAGUGGAAGAAGGCCUUCGAGGAUGCCAUGGGGAGCGAAGACACGGCAUUAGAUGCAGCUGUGCCUCCUCCUCGUCCUAACUCGAGCUCUUUUCGUUCCACUUAG